AUGCAGGCAGCUGCCCCUCCCCCUCUCAGCACAGUGUUAACAGCUUCUGUUCAUUUCCCCACUCCCCCUCCUCCACUCCCACAUCAGCCUCUAUGUCAGCAUCAGCAGCAAGCACCAGGAGAAGUACUAUUGCUGCUGCCUGCAAGAAGCACAGAUAAGGCAGGGGAGAGGUGAUCUCAAUCUCCCGUUACACUUACUGCUGCACCAGGGACACAGCUUCCUUCCGAAAGAUGGGGGUGGCAUCUCAAGCUUUCUAAAACUUGGGGGGACUUGCCCCCCCCUCCCCCUCCCAUUACUACCCCCUCCCCACCCACCCCACUGCUUUCUCUUAUGGAUGUGCUGUAAGUCUGAUCACCCCUCCUGCAACAUCUGGGACUACCCUGUGAACAUUUUGGGUGGCCAGUUAAAGAGGUCUAUUUCUCUCAUCACUGAGGCUGAAGGUGGGCGCCCCCACCCCAAUCUAAUGUCUUCUUCAAUGGGGCCCAGAGGCCCUCGACAACCCACAGUGCCUCCCCCCAUGCAAGAUCUCCCCGAUCUCAGCCAUCUGACAGAGGAAGAGAGGAACAUUAUCAUGGCAGUGAUGGACCGGCAGAAGGAGGAGGAGGAGAAGGAAGAGGCGAUGCUAAAGAGAUUACAUCAACAGUUUGAAAGCUACAAAGAGCAAAUUCGAAAAAUAGGGGAAGACACACGUCGGUACCCUGGAGAGCACAAGGAUGAUGCUCCAACAUGUGGGAUCUGCCAUAAAACAAAGUUUGCAGAUGGCUGUGGCCACAUAUGCUCUUACUGCCGAAGGAAAUUUUGUGCACGGUGUGGAGGCCGUGUUUCUUUGCGGUCCAACAACGAGGACAAAGUGGUUAUGUGGGUUUGCAAUUUAUGCCGGAAGCAACAAGAAAUUCUAACAAAGUCAGGUGCUUGGUUUUUUGGUAGUGGAGCUCAGCAGCCAUCCAUUCAAGAUGGAGCACUGAGUGAUACAGCUACUGGGGCCACCUUCGAUGCACCAAGAGAAAAGAAAGCAAGACUUCAAGAGAGAUCACGGUCACAAACUCCUUUAUGUACUGCAGCAACAGCAGGUUCCCAAGAAACCUCUCCUUCUAGUUUACAGUCGGAUAGGAGCAAAGGUUCACAGACCUCAUUACAAUCUGCCAUUCAAGAACAGAAGGGUUCCUCAAGGUCAAGAAGCGAGCCACCAAGAGACAGGAAGAAAACUGCAGAACAAAAUGGAAAGGUCCAGAAAGGUGACCGCAAAAGAGUACAGAAAUAUUUGAAACAACAAGGAGAUGGAUAUAUAGAUGAACAUAAAGAAAGGAGAGAAAGCAGAAGGCCAACAAAGGGGAGAUCACAGGACAUCCCUGAAAAGCUAGAGGAAGGUACAAAUAUAGAUGAUCAACAAAGAGCAGAAGAUGAGUAUCAGUCUCGGUACAUGAGUGACCCUAAUCUAGCACGGUACCCUGUGAAGCCACAACCUGAGGAACAACAGAUGCGUAUGCAUGCAAGGGUUUCAAAAGCACGGCAUGAAAGAAGACACAGUGAUGCAUCCUUACCCCACACAGAGUUAGAAGAAGCGGAAGUACCUGAGAAUACAUUAGGAAAAAACUCACAAGUACCAGUAUCUCAGGACAAUAUAUCAUCUGUGGAUAAUCAGUGGUCUUAUAUAGUAGAACAAAAUGGUGAUGGAAUGGGUCCUAUGUCGAAACAAGUAUCCAAUCACAGUCCUCCAAGCCCCAGGCACAGCCCAGUGCCACCAGAACAUUUAGAAUCUAAGAACCAUGAUCCUUUCAUAAAACAAAGCCGUUUAGAUCCGGGCUCAGCACUUCUUAUUAGGAAAGCUAAACGAGAAAAAAUGGAGACAAUAUUGAGAAAUGACUCCCUUAGUAGUGAUCAGUCGGAAUCUGUUAGACCUUCCCCACCUAAGCCACAUAGAUCAAAAAAAGGUGGAAAGAAAAGACAAAUGUCUAUAAGUAGCUCAGAAGAAGAAGGAAUAUCUACACCUGAAUAUACCAGUUGUGAAGAGGCGGAAAUAGAAAGUGAAAGUGUUAGUGAAAAAGGGGACCUUGACUGUUACAUUUUGGAUCCUACUACAUGGAAUAGCAGAGAAACAUCCCCUCUUGGCUUGCAUCCUGUAACCUGGCAGCCAUCUAAGGAAGGUGAUCGUUUAAUUGGACGUGUUAUUCUAAACAAAAGAACAACUAUGCCAAAAGAAUCAGGACCACUUCUGGGACUGAAAAUUGUUGGUGGAAAGAUUACAGACACAGGACGCCUGGGUGCCUUCAUCACUAAAGUAAAGAAGGGAAGCUUGGCGGAUGUUGUUGGUCAUUUAAGAGCAGGUGAUGAAGUGUUAGAAUGGAACGGGAAACCUUUGCCUGGAGCAACAAAUGAAGAUGUUUACAAUAUUAUUGUACAAUCAAAGUCUGAACCACAAGUUGAAAUAAUUGUUUCAAGGCCCAUUGGUGACAUUCCAAGGAUUCCAGAGAGUUCUCACCCACCACUAGAAUCCAGUUCCAGUUCUUUUGAAUCUCAAAAGAUGGAUCGGCCUUCCAUAUCUGUUAUUUCUCCAACUAGUCCUGGAGCUCUAAAAGAUGCACCUCAGGUCUUGCCAGGACAACUGUCUGUAAAAUUGUUAUAUGACAAAGUGGGACAUCAAUUAACUGUAAAUGUGCUGCAAGCAAUAGACCUGCCACCAAGGUCAGAUGGACGGCCGAGGAAUCCUUAUGUAAAGUUGUACUUUCUUCCGGAUAGAAGUGACAAAAGUAAAAGGAGGACCAAAACAGUGAAGAAAAGCUUGGAACCAAAAUGGAACCAGACAUUUGUAUAUACCCAUGUGCAUCGCAGAGACUUUAGAGAACGAAUGUUAGAAAUAACAGUAUGGGACCAGCCAAGAGUGCAAGAGGAAGAAAGCGAGUUUCUUGGCGAGAUCCUGAUAGAGCUAGAAACUGCGCUAUUAGACGAUGAACCUCACUGGUAUAAACUACAAACACAUGAUGAGUCUUCACUACCUCUGCCUCAGCCAUCACCGUUCAUGCCAAGGAGACAUGUACAUGGAGAGAGUUCUAGCAAAAAAUUACAAAGAUCACAACCAGUCAAUGAUAGUGACAUCUCAGAUAUUGAUGUUGAUGAUGGUAAUGAAGCAGUGCCUCUAGGUUCAAGGUCUAAUACAAGAGAAAGCAGAGCCACAACAUUAACAGUACCAGAACAGCAAAGACAAACGCAUCAUCGCUCACGUUCUGUGUCUCCUCACCGUGUUGACGAUCAGGGCAGGACCCGUUCCCGUUUACCAAAUGUGCCAUUACAGAGGAGUCUAGAUGAAAUUCAUCAAAUGAGACGAUCACGAUCUCCAACAAGACACCAUGAUGCCUCCCGAAGCCCGGUAGAUCGCAGGUCAAGGGACUCAGAUAGCCAGUAUUUGUCAGAACAAGAAGGUGAACUUCUUAUGUUGCCUGGAGCCAAACGUGGACGAAGUGCAGAGUGCCUACAUACCAUCAGAAAUACUGUUAGGCACAGUAAAACUUUGCCACCCAAGAUGCCUUUACUAGAGUUUGGUUCUCAUUGGAAACUCUACAGUGAACUAGAGCCCUCCCUUGACAGGGCUAGAAGUGCUAGUACCAACUGCUUGAGACCAGAUACUAGUUUGCAUUCACCAGAACGAGAAAGGCAGUACAGAAAACUGGAAAGAUCUAGCAACCAAAAACAGAACAGGAAAUUCACUGUUUCUGAAGUAGAAAGGAAUCAUCAGAUUGGAAACCAGUCUUCUAAUGUGGAUUCAUCAUUUAGCUGUCGAAGAGGAAGGCAGCUUCCACAGGUUCCAAUAAGAAGCAACAGUGUAGAACAAGAACCAGAGAGUUAUAUUACAUCUUCGAAAGGGAACUUGUUCACGGAUGACAGGUCAAGACAGAUGAAAAUAAAAGUUCAGCGAAAUAAGCCGACAACUGGGUUUAGUUCCAGUCAGGAGCACGACCGAGAGCAAUACCCCAAGUACAACAUGCAUAAAGAUCAGUACAGAAGUUGUGAUAACGUCUCAGCCAAAUCAUCAGAUAGUGAUGUCAGUGAUGUGUCAGCCAUUUCCCGUACCAGUAGUGCCUCACGCCUCAGCAGCACAAGCUUUAUGUCAGAGCAAUCUGAACGUCCUCGCAGAAGACUAUGUUCGUUUACACCCAGAAUGCAAAGCAGAAGGAUGGGAUCUUCAGGGAGAACCAUUACAAAGAGCACAAGUGUGAGUGGAGAGAUAUACAAACUGGAACACAAUGAUGGAAGUCAGUCAGAUACAGCUGUUGGGACAGUCGGAACUGGAGGGAAGAAAAGGAGGUCGAGUUUGAGUGCCAAAGUUGUUGCCAUAGUUUCACGGAGAAGUAGAAGCACAUCCCAGCUUAGCCAAACAGAUUCUGGCAACAAGAAAUUAAAAAGCUCCAUUCAAAGAAGCACAGAAACAGGAAUGGCAGCAGAAAUGAGAAGUCGUAUGGUUCGGCAACCAAGCCGAGAAUCAACAGAUGGCAGUAUUAACAGCUACAGCUCAGAGGGAAACCUAAUAUUCCCAGGAGUGAGACUGGGGGUUGACAGCCAGUUCAGUGAUUUUCUUGAUGGACUUGGACCUGCCCAGUUAGUAGGACGACAGACGCUAGCAACGCCGGCAAUGGGUGAUAUUCAGAUUGGAAUGGUAGAUAAAAAAGGCCAGUUAGAAGUUGAAGUCAUUAGAGCUCGAGGUCUUGUACAGAAACCAGGCUCAAAAACUACACCAGCUCCUUAUGUAAAGGUAUACCUUUUAGAAAAUGGUGUUUGUGUAGCCAAGAAGAAGACAAGAAUUGCGCGGAAAACCUUAGACCCUCUGUACCAACAGACUCUGGUUUUUGAAGAAAGUCCCAAUGGAAAAAUCCUUCAGGUAAAUGUCUGGGGUGACUAUGGGCGAAUGGAUCACAAAUGCUUCAUGGGUGUUGCACAGAUUCUUCUGGAAGAACUUGACCUGUCCAGCGUGGUGAUUGGAUGGUAUAAAUUAUUUCCGACCUCAUCAUUGGUGGAGCCAGCAAUGACACCACUUACUCGCAGGGCUUCCCAAUCAUCACUUGAAAGUUCAACAGGUCCUCCUUCUAUACGAUCCUAAUGAAAAAGGAAGGUGGUUCAACAAAAUGUAAUCACAAUGUUAAUGCCCAAUAAAAGAAUCAGAACAAUGUAUGUACAUGAUCAAAAGCAUUGCAGGAGACAGACAAUCAUUCAAUUUUUUUGCCUGUAGUAGUGAUUCAAAAAUCGAUCUGAAAAAAAGAUUUAUAUUGGCAGAGAAAAGCGUGAAUAUGUGUACUAUAAAUGAAAUAAAAUACCAUUAAGCACUAGCAAGAGUAACACAUGCUCUAUGGGAUAGUUAAUGUGACAUUAGAUUACAAACUGGAAGCUUUCACUCUGUUAAAAAUGUCUGUGUUACAUUUUUGCAGACCAUAAUCAGUGUUAUCAUAUUGGUAUUUCCGCAUAUUUUAUACUUGUUAUUUCCAUUAUUAUUUUUUUUUUAAAUAAUGUGUUAAUCUGGCAGUUUCAUAAAAGCAUUUGUGAAAGUUUUCACAGAAAUUAGCUUUUUGUCCUCUUUUUUUUUUUCCUUUCUUUUAAAGUGCAUUGAUUUAUUACAAGUCAAGCAUGACAGAUGUGCAGAUGGAUCUAGGUGUGUGUAAUAUUCCCAGCUGCCUGAAAUACUGACAGUGACUUUAAAAAGCACUACCAUGUAGUGCUGUCCUGUUAUGAAUUACCUUGCUUUUUCAUGUAGUGUUACACAUUUGGAGCUACAAAUCUAUUCCAUGUAUUAUACAGCAUGCUGUUAUAACAUCAGGGUACAGCAUUUUACUGCACGAUGUCUCAUCUCCAUGUGCCAAUGCCAUCGUCAGGUCUUGGAGGCAAUGCAUUAGCUGCAGCGCAGCAGCCACAAAAACAAAAUACUGUGUAGGUGUGAGGAAGUGUAUUUUUAUGCUCAAGUGACGUUGAAUAACACUAUAAAGUGGCUAUAAAUGAACACAGCUGUCAUUAUUUCACUCAACCAGGAACAUUUAUUUGCCAACGUUUUAUCUUGUUUAAGACGACCAGACUGAUAAAAUAUAUAUAUAUAUACAAAAGACAAAAAAAAUGCCAAUAUGUUUGUGUUAGUUCUUUUUUCACUGUAGGAAAUUGUGGAAUAUAUGACCAUAUACAAUUAUUUCUUUAAAAAAUAAAUAAAAAUAAAUAAAACGAGAGAACAAAAUGAGAAAAAAAAAUAUUUUUUGUUCCACUUUUCCACUUUUCUUUUGUAAACUUUUGGAUUGCAGCAUUAAUGAUGAUUUUUAUGUUUCAUGAUGUUUUGCAUGAGAGAAUUUUAAAGAAUCCUAUCUGUAAGCAAUGCCGAGAUUGAUGCAAGUGACUUCAUUCCUUUCACAUUUACAACUACUAUACCUGUUAUGCUAUUUUAAAAAUCAGCCAAUCGCUGUACUUGUUUCUGUGUACAAAUUGUAUAUUUUACAUCCCAAAAUACUGACCAUUGGUGGGGAUGGAGCAUAUGACACUUUGAGCUGUACCCAGGCUUCUACAGCAUGUGUCACUUUAGACACGUGCAUCGGUCCUGGAUAGAGCAUGGUAUGAGCUGUUUAAAAAUUCACUGGAAAUUCCAGUUGAAAUAUUCUGCACUUACUAAUGUUUUUAUCAAAUUUUCGUUUACAUUUGUUUGAGAUUGAUGCAAGCACAAAGCUUGAUUUUUUAACGCAAAAUAUUUUACUUUUUUUUUUGGAGAAGCUCCCUUUAAAAAUUGCAAUUAGCAUUUCCUUUGUUUUAUUUUUUGAAAGCCCUUGGGAUUUUAUGUACACGUGCUAAAAACUGCAGGCCAUGCAGUGCCAUGAUAUGUUUCCCGCCAUUUCUGGGCCAUUCAGUUUUGUGAUCACAUGACUAGAGCAGCAUGUCUUGGAGCUAUUCAAAGCUGCAUGCACGUUUUGUAAAAAGAGACAAAAAAAGGUUAUUUAAUAUGUGUUAGUUCCACAUAGGCCGGCUUGUAUGUUGCAUGUACUUGUACAGUUUGCUCGUAACUAUGACAUAACCAAGAAAUCUAAGCCAUCCAUUUUUCUUAUAGACAUUUUGCAGAUUUUUACCAGACUAAGUCUGUUUAGUCCGGUGCCAAAUGUCUACAGAUGGACUUUAUUUUUUACCCUAUGGAAACGUAAUGUAGUACGGACCAAAUUCCUUCUAAUAAAUAUUUUGGUGUAAAUUCCUACUGUGGGGCUGUAACACAUAGAACUUGUGUACACAAUAGAUUUUGAUUCAUAGACAUACUGCCUGCACCAAGUGAAUUCUUUACUGUUAAUACACAGGCUGAAACUAUUAUGCCCAUAUUUCCAUAGGGCAAAGAUAGGUUAUUGCUUGACCUGCUGAGCAGGGAAAACUGACGCACUGGUGCACUAAUAUAUUAUGUACUGUCUUAGUGGCCAAAACAAAUGAACUAAUUAUAAUUGGGUAGUAUCUUUCUAUUUUGACCACUUGUCUUAACACCCCCUUGUGCUUUUAAAUAAACUUCCAACUCAUGUUAUGUAAACAUGUUUAAUAAAAUUUACUUUUCAUGUCCA